AUGAGCAGCGCAGUGAUGAAGCCAAGCAAUGGUGAAAUGCCAAAGAGGAAGGAGGUGGAAAAGGAUAUGGAAGAGAUCGAAGAGGAGGUGAAAAACGAGUACCAAGUAGAGACAAACAAAGAGCUACAAGUCAACUUAAACUUCCACAAUAACAACAUCAUAUCGAAUAUAUUUUCAAAUUUGAGUCUCUUUGAUUAUAUAACAAACAUCUUCACGAUUAACGAAAAGACCUAUAUGUUAAAAUAUUGCAAUAAGCUAAAUGAGGACAAUUUCUACAUUUCGUAUUUCCAAAAAGUGAAUGACAAAUUUGCUCAGAUAUCCCCAUGGCAUGACAUCGAUUUGGUCAAUGAAGACGGAACGUACAACAUGGUCGUCGAGAUUACAAAGUACAAUUAUAUAAAAUUGGAGAUUCAGUUGACAGAAAAUUUUAAUGUCAUUAAGCAGGAUACGAAGAAGGGGAAGCUUCGCUAUUACCACAACUCCAUUUAUUGGAACUAUGGCGCCUUGCCCCGCACGUAUGAAUAUCCCAAGCAUAUUUACAGCUGCCAGACGGGGGACAACCAGGACUUGUUCUUCACGGGGGACGACGACCCCCUGGACGUGGUGGACGUGGGCCAAAACAGCCUCAAAAUGGGGCAGAUCGUCCCAGUCAAGGUCCUCGGAGCGUUCACCCUAAUUGAUGAGGGACAGCUGGACUGGAAGAUCAUCGCCAUCAAUAAAUACGACAAACACUUCGACGACGUGAACUCUCUGGAAGACGUGCAGAAGUACUACCCCUCCACACUGAACAUGCUCCUGGAGUGGUUUCGCUCGUACAAAAUGGCCGAAUCGAAAAAAUUAAACAUAAUCUCAAAAAAAUUGUACAACAAAGAAGAGAGCGAAGGCUUGAUUCAGAAGACGCAUGAAUAUUACUGUGAGUUUCUGCGCGAUGUGAAGAACUUGGAAUGUGAUCAGUCCAGUCAAAGCACCUGUGGAAAUAGCACAAAACAGCAUUCAGGAAGUAGUGACCUCAGCUCGAGUACACUUCCAAAGAAAUCUCAGGACGAUUCUCUUUACAAGAGUCUUCUGCAGGAUAUAAGCAUUUCCUACCAUAUGCCCGACACGACGUACAGGCCGAACGAGAACAUAUGGAUCCACUGA